UCAUUUUCUUGUAGAAAGUAUUUUGUAUCAUUGGGCUCAAUGUCUUAUACAGUAAAUGAAUGCCCUUUAUCUAUGUUUUAUUCACAGAACAGCAGAAUAUACCACAACCUGAAGCUAGUGUUGCAGCACCUGCUGAGGAGGCUCAGUCAGUAAAGGCAGAGACACCUCAUGCUGAACAUGGCUUAACAGAUAAUGUGCAAAAGAUAAUUGCAAAUGAGAAAACAGAUGCGGAAAGAACAAACAGAUCCAAGGUAGACUUGCAGGCGCUUCCAACCAGGUCCUACUUAGAUCAGACAGUGGUGCCAAUUCUACUACAGGCAAUGUCAUCAUUAGCUAAAGAACGGUAAACUGCAGUUUGAUACAUUUCUUGUU